CCUGCCAAUCUAGUAGUCAGACGAAGCUGCAGACAACUUUACACACGAUUCUUUUCAUUUACACGAGUUUAGGACGAGCAAAGUAACACUUUUCAUAGCUAGCCUGAGGAAUUCAGCACUGGAGCUGUCCAGGGUUCUGCGCCUUGAUGCGAGACGCCCCAUUGCGCUCGCGCUUCAUUAAACCACAUUGUUUUUCUUGGGUAGCGGAACAUUUGCUUGUCGAGGUUACACAUGACACUAGGCUGUGGUGUACUGACCGCCACGAUCUGAGACGCAUACACUUCAUUGACGAAAGCGAAGCCUUGAAAUGAGUGUUUGCAGUGCGUAAGAGGAGCAAAAGAAAACGAGUCCCAAGUCCCGGUGCGCCGUCCGAUUUCAUCCCAGUCAUGGGUGUGCUGAUGUCCAAGAAACAGCAGGUAGAGAAGGUGCAGAAGUGCAGCAUUGUGGUGUCCGCCUUCAAAGAGGGGUUGAAGGAUCGGCCGACUGUAGACCAGGCCGAAGACGUUGUGACCGAGAAUGGAGAUGGAUCUGCCGAGGGAUCAAACCAAACUAACACAGAUCACGCUGAACAUAAAGAGAAGGACAACAAGCAGGGGUCUUUACCUUCUCAGCAGGCCUCUGCCCUGCUCAGAGAGGAAAAUAAGGCCAAUAAGGAGGCUUGGGGGCGUCUACGAGAUGGGAAGGGGGUGGAGCCAGAGGAUCUAAAGAAGUCACAUCAACUCACUCCUCCGGCGUUCGUGCGGCCGAAGAGAGAUGUCAACGACGACAAGCCGGUGGAUGUGCCACUUGGGCAAAGAGAGCAGCCUGUCAAUGACGAGAUGUGCGAUGUGUGUGAAGUUUGGACGGCGGACGAUCUCUUCCCCUGCCGGAUGUGUACGCGGGUUUUCCACGACGGCUGUCUGCGGGAAAUGGGCUACCUGAGCACAGAAGCCCUGCAGGAGAUGAGAGAAACUGCCCACACUACCACCGGCUGGAGUUGCUAUUACUGCGAUAAUGUGAACUUGCUGCUCACAGAAGAAGAAAUGUACAGUCUAAUGGAGACCUUCAAGCAGUGCAAGAUCAUUCCAGAAUCGUGCUUGGUAUCGGAUGAACUUCUGCAGUACAGGCACUUUGUGACCAAGCAGCUUUUUGACAGAGACUUGACCGAUGAGGAGGAAGAGGAGGUGCUGGCCCAGUUCGCAGCUCUGGAUCCGGAGAAGAAGGGCCAGAUUGAGUGGUCUGAUUUCCUUUACCACGAGACACUUUCUGUCCUGCAGAAAUUCCGCACUGAGCACUCUCUGGUAAGAAUUCUCACGGCGAAGGAGAGGGACCGGGCUCGAGCUGUGUUUCAGAGUCUAGACCAGGACAAAGAUGGAAUCAUCACUGUCGGAGAAGCCAAGCGGGCACAAACCUCCUGGUUCUACAAGAUUAACAAAGAGUCACAGUCCUGCAAUGUCAGUAUCAGUCAUGUAGGUCCAAUAUCUGAAAGCAGUCCAGCCAGCUCCAGCAGUGAGAGAAGCAGAGAUAAAGCCAUGGAAAAUGACAACAGACCAGCUACCUGGGACAACUUCAUGAGAGACAGUGCUAUCUACAUCCUGGCCGCCAGGCCCAACAGCUCAGCCAUGCACAUCCAUCUGCCUCUCUAACCACUGGCCCAUUGCCUGUGAUUUCCAGACGGGCUAGAGGGAACUUCCUAGGUCCAGUUUGAAGAGAAACAGGUGCUGAGAACAAAACUCCCGACACCACAAGAGUCAAAUCAAAAAGAAGACGGCAACACACUCCAAGAACGUAUAAGCCAUGAACAGAUUCUUCCUCAAAUACUCGAUCUAUCUACAUAUCGAUAGAACAGUCGCUCUAGAACCAUAGCACAUCUGUCGCCAGAAUUAAGGUUUUAGACACUGUGUGCUUGUGUUUUUGUGACCAGCUGUUCUGAUGAGAAACACUGCAGUUAAAAAAGAAGGAAAAAAACACUGUUAACAGUAAAAUGCACCACAGCACUGGUGUUUGCUUCUAGUGUCUUUGGCCUUGUUGUAUAGUAUUUUAAUUGUGGCUCUAGCCAAUCAGCUUGCAGGAUCCGAUGUAAGAUCAGCAGUUGCAUCAUUACGUUUUACAAUUCAUAGUCAGAGAGAGAGAUGCUAUAUAUAAACUAUAUAUACGUAUACAUUAUACAAUAUACAGUAUAUAUAAAUAUAUAUUGUAUGUGUAUUUAUUCCCAUAUCUUCAAGGACGGAUUAUGGUCUGGGCCAAUGGGGGCAAGCAACUUGACCCGAGGAGGUUAAUAAAUGUCAUCUGAAAUUAAAAAUGUUUGUGAGAGAAAUUGAUUCAUAGAAACGUAAUACAGCCACCCCAUAAGGGCCGGGUUAAAUAUGGGGUGUGACAAUGUCAUUGGUUCUUGUGUGUCCUUUGAACUAUCCUCAUAUAUGUAUUCUGCCAUAAUGCAUAUGCUGAUUCGACUUACCGCUAUCUUUGCAUAUUUGGGAAGAAGAACUUGUUCGUUUCUGCAAUAUUAUAUUUGAAGUUUUUAAACUGCUCAUUCUUUGUUUUCAAGUAUAUUUAUUUUGAUUUAAUUCUACAACGACGAGAAAAUGAAUCAAAUUUGUUUUUAGUUGUAUCAUGCAUUUUAAUAGCAACAGUGUAAUGUAAAAAUUAUGUUAUAAAACAGUAUCUGUCGUGAGAAGGCCUAGUAUGACCAUAAUGCUUCCUUGCGUAUUUUAGAAAAUAACUGUUUUAUUUGUUGUUUCUUCAUCUGAUUUAUUUAAUACCUUAUUUUAUUUUUCUCCAGGGUCUGUAAAACCAUGUUACUCCCGUAAAUGUGGUAUUUCCCAGUGGUUACCUUAUAGCUGAUGCACAUGUACAAUCUUCCAAAUAUCUCCAAUGCUAAUUAAAAAGCAACAAUUUGUUGAUAAUCAGGUUUAGAACUUGCUGCCUAUAUGAUGACUCAGAGAUUUCUUUCUUCCUAACAUCCUUUCUUUCUUACACAUAGUUUUGAUCCACAAUGAAUUUGUUCUUAGUUGUGGUGCAGAGGAAAAAACGUCUAAUAUCUAAACCUUUUUAUUGUUACACAUAAACAUGUACACUCCUGUUAAAGUGGCGAGUUACACUCAGUUGCGUAUAUCAAACUGUAUUAUGGGUAUGAAGCAUCAUAACAGUGUUUAUAUGAUCAUAUUUACUGUAUUUGCUAAUGGACGGUAGAUGAUGGAUUGAUCAAGGCAUUUAUUUCAAGGGACUGUGCAAUACUCCGGGUUUUGCUGGUAAUGCUGAAA